AUCUCAAACUCCUCACCUGGGAAUUCUACCCGUCGACGAGUGCAACGAACAUCAUCCGCCAACGACCGUCGAUACGCCGACAUCAAGAUGGUCAACCUUCGCACCCAGAAGCGCCUCGCCGCCUCCGUGGUGGGCUGCGGCAAGCGCAAGAUUUGGCUCGACCCCAAUGAGAUGAAUGAAAUCUCCAACGCCAACUCCCGCCAGACCAUCCGCAAGCUCGUCAGCGAUGGCCUCAUCAUCCGCAAGCCCGUCACCAUGCACUCCCGCUCCCGUGCCCGUGAGCUCGCUGCCGCCCGCAGAAUCGGCAGACACCGUGGUCUGGGUAAGCGCAAGGGUACCAAGGAGGCUCGUAUGCCCAGCCAGAUCCUCUGGAUGCGCCGCAUGCGUGUUCUCCGUCGCCUGCUCGUCCGCUACCGUGCCUCCGGCAAGAUCGACAAGCACCUCUACCACGAGCUCUACCACCUGAGCAAGGGUAACACCUUCAAGCACAAGCGUGCCCUCGUCGAGCACAUCCAGAAGGCCAAGGCCGAGCGCCACCGUGAGCGUGUCCUCAAGGAGGAGAUGGAUGCCAAGCGUGCCAAGAACAAGGCUCUCCGUGAGAGACGCGCGGAGCGCAAGGAGGCCAAGCAGAACGCCCUUGUUGCUGAGGCUCAGGAGUAAACUUCCUCUGUUGAAGAACUUGGGCGGUGCGGAGGUUGAAACGGGGGGGAAACGAUCAGCCCACGGACUGAGAUCGACCACUCCGUGUUCGUUGCAGGUCUGGCUCGGUGGCUCGAUUCAUCCGGGACGGGUUGUUUGGAU